UUCAUAAUAUGUUCGCGUACGUGGUAUGUGUAUUUCUUUUAUUUUUACCAAAUUCUUGAGUAAUCGUUCAACAAAAUAAAUAUUUUUUUGUUGAUUAAAAUUAAAAAAAAAAAAACAAAAAAAAUACGUAAUAAAUAGCAAUAAUUAUGAUUACAACUCAACUUUUACAAUACUAGUAUACAUAUUAUAUUCAUUAAAUCAGUUUAUUCGAUGUACGCAGUGAAUUUAUAAUUUCCGCGUACACGUCGACGAUUUAACUCGACCUAUAGGUGUCGUCAUAUCUGACCGCGUUUUUCCUACACGUCGUCGAGGCGGGUCAAACGUCGGAGCUGCGACAGACGACCGACACGCAAAAAAAAUAUAAAAAAAGAUGCAAACGAACGGCGGACAACCCGCAGCAGGCGGCGGCGACAUGUCAAAGGUUUCGCGUGACCGUGACACGCCGACGGCCUCGGAUACCGUCUGGUCGCGGACCAAACGCGCGCUGAGCAGCAUCCACGUGGAACCACUGGUGUGCUGUUACAUCGUGUCCCGGACGCUCAUGCUGCUGGCCACGCAGAACCUGAGCUUGCAGAAGGCGUGCUCGGUCAACCUCCGGCUGGACGACGGCACGUGCGCCGCACUUCUGGUCAAAUCCAAGACGAACGUCAGCGCGCCACUGGACCGGGACGAAGUGGCCACCCAGCGACUGGUGGCCGACAUGCUCCUGUGGCAGCUGAUCGUCCAGAGCGCCGUGCCGUGCGCGCUGGCCGUGUUCGUCGGGUCCUGGAGCGACCGGCGCCGGAAGCGCGUGCCGUGCAUGUUGGUGCCCGUGGCCAGUGAACUGGUCCGCGUCGUGGGCCUCGUGGCCUGCGUUCACUGGUUCCGCGAGCUUCCCAUGGAGGUGGUGGGCGUCAUCGAAGCGGUGCCGACGUCACUGGCCGGCGGCAGGAUGGUGCUGUUCAACGCAUUGUUCAGCUACGUCGGCGACGUCACCAGCGAAGAAUUGAAAACCCUACGAAUCGGUAUAGUGAACUUACUAUCCACAGUAGGCAUGGCCAUCGGUACAGCGUUGUCUGGUAUUACAUUUCAGAAACUUGGGUUCUACGGUGUGUAUGGCACGUCGUCGACCCUGUGUGUAAUAGGUCUGCUAUAUGGUUUGAUAUUCAUAAAAGAAGUGUCACCACCGAACGAAUUGGACAAUAAAACGAAAACACAAAAUAAUGGUGUAUUUAAUGGUUUUUUUAAUGCGAAACACAUUCAAGAAGCGUUUAAAGUUACUUUCAAAGACGGCCCACAUAACCGAAAACUCAGAAUAAUCAUGUUGAUGUGUAUUGCAUUUUUAAUCAUGGGACCUUUAAACGGUGAUCUUUCGGUAUCGUAUUUGAAUACGCGUGCCCGAUUCAAUUGGAACGAAGUGGAUUUCAGUGUGUUUUCUACUUUCUCCAUGGUCACUAAUGUAGCAGGUACAGCAAUUUGCAUUGGCUUAUUUAGUCACAUACUUAAAAUCGACGAUAGUUUAAUUGGAGUAAUGGCGUGUGCAGGAAAAAUUGUUGCCGGAAUAUGUUACGCUUUAGCGACAGAAGAAUGGGUAUACUAUUUGGGACCGUUAGUAGAUAUUAUGGGAGGCACAAUUUUCAUAACAGCGAGAUCUAUUAUGUCAAAAAUAGUCAAACCAGAAGAACUAGGACAAGUGACGGCUAUUUAUGGAAUCGUCGAAUCACUCGUUCCGAUUGUGUUCGGCCCACUAUACACAGUGAUCUACAAAAAUACCGUAGACACAUUACCCGGAGCGUACAGUUUAGUAGGAUCAGCUUUAGCUAUACCUGCGACUAUAAUAUAUUUGCGGAUGUACAAAGAGAGCAAUCUAUCAAAGAAACAUUACGAUACAUCUGAUAAAGUUGAGGAUGAGAAACUCUAAAACAGCGAAGUCUAAAAUAAUGCAAACUACAAGGUAAUUGUCAAUUAAAUUAAUCAUCACACAAAGUUAAGUAUGAUAAAGAUCAUCGACGUGGAAGUAUCAAGAACAAAUAAAUUUUACUUGUUUUUAGUAUUAAUAAAAUAAUAUAUUCUAUAAAUAUAAAGAUAAAUUAUAAAGUUUAAUAUUUGAAAGCCAAAUUAGGUUGAUCGGUUUUUUUUGUUCGAUAUUUAUGC